UGACGCAGCGAAUCCACGGGAAUUGCAAUUGCAUUAUUAUGUGGUCAUUGUGGCAGUCGUCCUAAUACUGUUCCGUAGGCAGGCAUCUGCACCCAAGAUCUUUAUGCUCUACCAUACUUCAACGACACGCUCCCUCUGUCUGCGAGUCGUGAAUUCUUCACCAGAAGAUACCCCGGGUUAAUCUGAAUAAAAGUGAGUCACUACUGACAAUUUUGCCGGUGGACCAACUCAUCAACAGAUCCCCUUCAGUCAGUUAAAGUCACCUAACAAUAUUGCUGGCCGGAUGUCGCAGUGAUACAUUGGACUGGUGACAAACAAAUUAUUAUCCGCGCGACUUGAAAAAAAUGCAAUUCAGCGCGGACUGCUUCAUCACACCUUAACACCAUAUCUCGGCGUAAUUUCCCCCAUCCUAUGCUUGCGCAGAACAAGCAUCAAACUCACAAUGCCACCCAAAAACCAAAAAGCUGCCGGAGGAAAGGGCAGAUCGGGAGAUGACAGCAAGGAGGACCCUCUGACUGCAGUGGUUGUCGCCGACACCUUUGAGACGAGAUUUGCCCCAUUCACGGUGCAACGGCCGCGAUGUCUAUUGCCGCUUGCUAAUACACCCUUGAUCGACUACACCCUGGAAUAUCUGGCUAGCUCCGGUGUACAGGUUGUCUACUUCUAUCCAGGCGCACAUGCUGACCAGGUCGAAGCCUACCUUGAUGCUUCGCGUUGGAGAUCGGCCAACUCUCCUUUCGAGAGUCUCACCAUCCUCCGAUGUAUCGCCGGUUCGGUGGGCGAUGUGAUGAGAGAUCUCGAUCAGAAGCAUCUCAUUGCGGGAGAUUUCCUCGUCAUCAGUGGUGAUGUGAUCUCUAACUUUCCUAUCGAACCAGCACUGCGCCAACACAAGGAGCGGAGAGAGAAAGACAAGAAUGCUAUCAUGACUAUGGUUUUGAGGGAGGCGGAGCCGGGCACUUACGACUACAGUGGUGGCAUUGUGCCAACAUUCGUCCUUGAUCCGAGCAAAAAUAGAUGCUUGCACUAUGAAGAAUCAUUUCCUGGAACCCAGUUCACCGCUCACGUCGAUCCUGAAAUCCUGAAAUCGGCAGAGAUUGAUGUCAGACAGGAUUUGAUUGACUGCAGGGUGGACAUCUGCACGCCAGACGUCCUCAGUCUAUGGUCAGAUAACUUCGACAAUCAAGCACCUCGGAAGGACUUUUUGUUCGGCGUGCUGAAGGACUACGAAUUGAACGGCAAGACCAUCCAUACCUACAUUGUCAAAGAUCAAUAUGCCUCUCGGGCAGCUGACUUUUGGUUUUACAACGCCAUCUCACGAGACUUCAAGCGAGGCAUGGUUACGUCCAUUGCAGUUGAGAAUAAUGUGUUCGGGGACACCCACUACGAACGCUCCCAGCAGGGGUACGUUGUCGAUCGGACGGUGAUUCGAGCAAAGCCUACCGAGCUGGGCGCCGGAUCAAUCGUUGGUCCCGGUAGCAGCAUUGGUGCUGGGUGCGACAUCAGGAACACGGUCAUCGGUCAACGCUGCCACGUCGGUAAAGGCACGGUGAUCGACGGUGGUUACAUCUGGGACGAUGCGAGCAUUGGCAACAAUGUCAAGGUCUCGCGGGCAAUAAUCGGGAACGAAGCGUUUGUAGGGGAUGACUGUACCAUCGAGGAAGGUGCUUUGAUCUCAUAUGGCGUUAAGAUCGCACCGGGAACGACUGUGCCUGCGGGAUCCAGGAUUUGCAACACACAACAGAAGAAUGAUGCGCUUGUUGGUGGAGAUGCGGGUGAAGGCCAUGCCUACAUUGAUGAAGACGAAGACGACUACUUCGCAUCGAGAGGAUCAAGACUUAUAUAUGAAAAGUCGGAAUUUGCGGACUCAAUAUCCACGUUGGAGUCCGAUCUCUCCGAUGCCGAGAUCUCCUCGAGGGGCGGUUCCAGAAGUCAAAGCUUUGCGACCUCUGUGUCUGACGAGGACCCUACCGACCGAUUCCAACAUGACACAGUGGCGAUUCUUGUACAGCGCAUGCAGGAAGGAAAGCAAGCCGACGAUAUGCUGAGUGAACUAAUGGGACUGAGGUUCAGCGGUGGUGCGGACGAAACCCAAGUUCGGAGGGCCGUUGCCGUCGCACUGAUGAAGCACAUUCAUAGUCAGGUUGAUUCCGGCGUGUCACCAGCCGAAGCUGCAAGGCGCGCUUUGACCGCAUACAACACACUCAUCCGCAGGAAAGGGGCCCAGCAAGCUACCGAAGCGCAGGUUGCAUUCCUGCUGGACGCUCAGAGAGAUUUGAUCCGGAGGAAGGACGGUGGGAAGACGCUAUUGUUUGUGCUCAAGGAUCUCUACGACUUGGAGAUAUUCGGAGAAGAGGCAUUUACCGAGUGGUGGGCGGACGAGAGGUCGAGCAGUGAUCCUGAAAUGGCUGCGGUUAGACAGCAGAGUGUCCCCUUUAUCGAAUGGCUUGAGAACGCGGAGAGUGAAAGCGAGAGCGAGAGCGAGGAAGAUGAUGAGUAGAGAGAAUCAGUAAGCCACUUGCUUCGAGCAUUCUAGACAGCCUGUAAGACCAAUUGAAUCACCUUGCUGUCCAGUUACAGGGUAAUGAAAUUAAUAUAGCUGUGCAGUGAUCUGAGAACAGACAGGUGAAGUCCAGAGAUGAGGCUUGUGAUUUCACGGAGGACUUGUCCUAUUUCAACGGGGCCUGGGGCCUCGUCAGACUAUAUACUUUCUAGGGGUUGUACGAUAGCGUACGAUACUAGUCGAGGACCGAAAGACGGUCCUCGACGUCUUUAUAAUACUUAGCACGUAGAGUAUCUAUUUUAUUAUAUCC